GAAAGUGUGAUUUCAUCUGAGGGCUUGUUGUGCUGUUGCAACUCCUCCGUUCAGGGGUGCCACACACUCCCAAGAUGUAAUCUGAAUACCAGCCUGCAGACUUUCCUCAUCAUGUCUGAAGAUGGAAUCAGUCUUAUCUUCUAGAUGUGGUUUUGGGACUAAAGGAUCAAACCUGCAUUUACAGAAGCUACAGCAUAUCUCUGCAAAGGGACAAAAACAAAUACAGGAUAUUUUUUUGUCUUGGCAAAAAAUGAAUUCCAUAUUAAAGAAAUAUUACAAGGAAAUUACAAUCACGACUUUCUAAGUGUCUGGACUAUUACAGAGACGGCAGUCAGUCAACACGGAGUCUCCGCUGCCACCUCACCACAUUGUGGAUACAUUGCUCUGAAUAACAAUGUUGAGGAAGAUUCAUGAUGACAGACUGAGCUUCAAAAGCGUCAGAAGUUAUUAAAGCUUAACAUGAUGCUGGGAUGUGAUAUCUUGGUAAACUAGCAGUUCCUGCGGCGAUUUAAGAGACAUAAGGAGGCAGAUUACUGAUGAUUCAUGGCGACAAUGUCCCAAACAUGGUUCAUCUUUAUUGCUGUCACUGUGCUGGCCGUGCAGCUUUGCAUAGGUGAGAAAUCCUGUGUCAUCUGGUCCAGUGCUGGACCUGUGGUGACACUAGGCUCCAGUUUUGAGGUGUACUGCACCUUUAACUGCAAGUGCAAGGGAUCCAUGAGCUGCCAUCCACCCAUACAACAGGAAUGCAUUGAAUUUAAUACUACAACUAUGUAUUUCAAAGUGGGAAACAUAACUACGAACCGAACAUUCAGCUGCCAGUGUGACUGCACUGCUCUGGACCCCUGUGGACUGGACAUCUAUGCUGGAUACAAACCAGAGAGUCCUAAAAACAUUUCAUGCACCUACGAAGUCAUAAAUAAUGAAAGAGGAGCUGUGUUCUGCAACUGGAUACGAGGACGAGACACUUAUCUUUGGAAUAGUUCAGUGCUGUGGGUGAGAACUAGAUCUGGAACCCACACAGAUGAGCCAGUGUCGUACAAAGUCUCCAGUAAGGGAACUGAUCCAUCUGCUAGUUUCACUGUUUCUACCUCUGUCCAGCUGAUCUCUGUGUGGGUCCAAGUCCAAAAUCCACUGGGCAAUGCAACAUCCAUGACCUUCAACUACACCCUCAGUGACAUUGCAAUGCCAUCGACUCCUGUUCUUGUCCAACCCAAGUGCUCCUCCCGAGAGUGCGUCAUCAAAGUGCAGCAGUCUGUGAGGACUCAACACCUGGAGAUCCAAUACAGAGCAGAGGCACAGACGUGGAUAUCAUAUGCAGACUCAGGUGUGCAGACGAGUUUGGAACAAGUCAUCUCCUCUCUGGAGCCGUACAGGUUGUACCAUUUCAGAGCCAGAUCCAAAUUCAGCACCGGCCUUUGGAGUCAGUGGAGCACAAACGUUUCCAGCCGAACUCAAGAAGAGGCUCCUGCGAAAGAGCUGGAUGUGUGGUAUGCUGAAGCCGCCUCUGACUUUAAAUCCCUGAGAGUUUAUUGGAAGGAGGCCAACAUUUCUAUCACUAGAGGGAAAAUUGUGGAGUACAGAGUCAGUGUUUUGAACCAAACUUCUGGUGUGGUCUUCGGCACUAACAUUAGUGCUAAUGCCAGGAAUUAUUCAGUCCCAUUCUGUGCCAAAUGUGAAGUGACAUUGUGGGCUCGCAACUCCAAAGGGAUGUCUCCUCCUGCCAGAAUUACAACCAAUCACCGACAUGCCAAGCCCAUAAAGGUUGUGCAAGUAACUACAGAAAACCACACUGUCACCAUCUCCUGGAGAAAGCCUGAAACUGCACCGCCACAUGCGGCAUAUGUGGUGGAGUGGUACCCAGAGGGCCACAAGCUGGAGGAGCUCAGAUGGGUCAGGCUGGGCAGGAAUGACAACCAUGCCAAUAUUACAGGUAUAAAGCCAUUUGAGUGUUAUGAGGGAGCAGUGUAUGUUGUCUAUAACGAGAGCUCAGUGAGUAAGAGAAGAUUUACAGGAGUGGUCACUUUGGAAUCAGCCCCGGCAGCUGGUCCAUCAGUCCAAGAAGAGGUUGAGGGAAACAAAGUGAAAGUGACCUGGAUAGAGAUUCCCAGGGGUCAGCGUGGGGGUUGCAUCACCAACUAUACCAUCUAUUUAGAGAGCGGCAGUGGAUACAGGCAGUCUUACUCUAUGCCAGCAUCAGAGAGGACACAUAUCAUCAAAGACCUGCCUCCAGCUGUCUACAGUCUGUGGAUGACUGCUUCAACUGCUAGGGGAGAAGGCCCUGCAGGUCAAAAGAUCAAGUUCUUCAUCGAGCAGGAGACCCAACUAUCCCUCCUGCUGAUGUGUGGGCUCGCCUCCCUGAUCAUGCUCUUUCUGUUGUGUCUGUGCCAGAGUUCAGCAGUGAGGCAGAGGUUCUGGGUGUUUUUCCCGUGCCUUAAGCUCGAUGAUGUGCCAGAUCCUGCAAACAGCAAAUGGGCAAAAGAGUGUACCCAGGAGAAGGGCAAGAUGAACCUCCAGCUGCAAUCGAGUAACUCCAGUGCAACCGAGGAGGAGGAAGAGCCCAUCCUGGUGGAUGUUGAGGAGCUGCCCAAGCAGAGCACUGACAUCCACUCAGCUACAGACGUCUCCUCACUGCUCCCUCAUCAAACCAGCAUGAGCCCGAUGACGGAGCCGGUCAUUUACAUCAAGAGCUUCUCCCAUGACUCAGACAGCUCAGACCACACGCAUACCUCUUUGGACACCAACACAACCGUUGACUAUAUCUCCGGACACGGGCCAGAAAAUAUCUACGAGGAUGAGGAGGUGGAGGACGACGAAGAACCGUUUUUAGACAUGCUGGGUUUCUUCCCCAGUCACAACAUCAUCAUUGAGCCAUUUGGAGGGAAGUUGACUCUGGAUGCGGUCAAAAUCGACUGCAAUGACUUCUUUCAGAACAGUUAGUGUUAACCCGAAACCAGAACUCUUUGGUGAGAUGAGGUUUGAGUGGAAACAAUUUUUUGAGGAAGAAGACUGCUAAACAAAAGAGACGGGACACAAUGACUGGAGAUGGUGACUGGAUUCUUCUUUUUUUCUGUUUCAGUGUUGUUUUUUGCUCACUGAAAUCAGAACCGUAAGAAGAACAGCUCUCUCGCUGAAGUCGUCCAGAGCUGUUUGCAGAACUUUUGUUUUCGUUUCAUGCAUUACCAUAGUUUUCACUUUAGGGCAGCAUUGGAUACACUAAUAACAUAAGCAAAAUGAACACAGUACAGGCUGCCCGACAGAGUAUAUCAGAUUUUGUAAUUUAUGCAAGUUUUAUUAAGGCAUCCCAAUGCUGAAAGCACUGAUAGGCCCAUUUUCACAGCAGACGUUUUGACUUAGGAAAAGCACAGGUGUUACUAAUAAAAGGUGUCAGGUGUCCCACUAAGCCACAACAGUGUGAUAGUGAGCCAGCAGGCCCAGUACCAGGACCCUGAAACAGAAGCAGCAAUUUAACCAUCAUUUACACCUGUGGUUUUUCUACUGAGACUAUUAUUGCCUCGCGUUGUUGACCAUCUUGUAUAUUGACUGUGCCUUUAAAUACAUCUAUGCUACCUCAAUCUUAGCUCAUCUAAAACAGGAUAAAGGUAAAUUGUCUCUCAAGUUUGUUAGUGGUGGGGGUUGGUAAUAUUACAGCAUGUUGACAGAUGAUUUGUUAUCAUUUUGCUGAAGAUCAGAAUCACGAUCAACCAGUUGCACCACUGUUUCAAGAUGUAUGUGUCACAAGUUUUAUGGCAAUUCAUCUAACAGUUGUCAAGACAUUUCACAAAAAGCCAGAAAUGCUGCCACCUGCUGGUGACACCAGGAUCACCACAAUCAAAAUUGAUCCUUUAUGGACCAUGAAUGUGCAAAAUAUCAACGUAAUCCAUUGUUGUUGAGAUAUUUCAAACAGUCCAAAGUGGUGUACCGACCAACAUUGCCAUCCCUAGAGCCAGGCUGCUAACACAGUGAAAAACUGUUUUAAAAUGAAUGUUUGUAUAGUGUUUUAGUAUGAAAACUCUUAUGGACUAUUUUGAUAAACAAGUGAUUUCAUCAUCUGCAUUUGCAAGUACUUACCUAUGUAUGCAGCAACAUUAUUUUAAUCUGCCAUGUCUUAUCAGGCCUACUGGUCUAAAACAGGGUGAACUGACUGGUGUAAGAGAAUGUUUAUCAGUGCUGUCAGCAGGGGAGGCUCUGCACACAAGUUCUUGAGUGAAAUCCUGAGGUGGGAGGUGACUAAGUUACUCCAGUAAAGAUUUGUGUGGAUGCUCACCUUUAACAGCAGGAGGAGGGUAACUUGUAUGGAGAUAUGUCAAUGUAAGCAGAAGCAAAGUAUUGUACAUCUGUAAAUUCAAUUUGGAUAAAAAAAAAAGUGACAAUGCAAAA